AUGGCGAAACGCUUUUCAAGCAGGGAACCAUUGAACAACAUGCAGAAUUCAGCCAUCAGAUUUGAGACAAAUGAUACACUUGUGUUAUCAAGAAAACCACUGAAUGACAGUCGCGAUUGGACUAUUCUUAUGACGGUCAACAAUGGCUACUUGGACUUUUUUAGAAACUGGCUUUGGCAUUUCAAGAAACUCAACUUGUCAACAUCGCUUAUAGUUGUGGCACAAGACGACCUAAUUCAUAAGGAACUAAUGAACAGUGAUGUAUCUAUUUUGGGCGAAAUGACUGUAGAAAGAAGUGUGCAUGUGUCAAUCAACUCCUCCGUUAAUUUUCAAACCCAACAAUUUAAUAUGCUCGUUGGCAAAAGGCCACAGCAUAUACUUGACUACUUAGAAAGAGGGAAGAAUAUUUUGUACAUUGACACGGACACUGUCUGGCUGCAGGCACCAUUCCAGUACUUCACGGGUGACUACGACCUCUGGGUUCAGCUGGACCAGGGUGUUAGCUAUUGUACGGGGUUUAUGGCAGUUAGGACAGGGGCCAAUACGAUUGAGCUGAUCCGAGCUUGGAGAGAUAGGAUGAUAGACCUCCAAAAUAGAAUGGACGACCAGAACGGCUUCAAUGGCAUGGUCCAUAACCACGAGAGUAAAGUUAGAAUAAAGGGAUUGGAUACGAAGAGAUUUCCAGAUGAAUCCCAGUAUUUUUCAAACUACAAUGAUAAACAGAGAGAAGACGCCGUUGUGGUGCACAACAACUGUAUUAUAGGACAUGCUAGUAAACUGGAAAGAUUCAAACACAUGAAACUGUGGUAUGAAGACAAACUUAACGGGACUAAAUUGCACGAUUAGUCAUUAAAGCUGCACUCUCACUAUUUUAUUUUUUGUCUUGGA